AUGGUUUGUGGGUGUCUGGCCCUGGCCCUCCUUCUGACUGGGACUCUCCUGGCAGUCUCCCAGCCAGCCCUGGCCCAGCCGGAUGCACUGCUGGUUUUCCCAGGCCAAGUGGCUCAACUCUCCUGCACACUCAGCCCCCAGCAUGCCACCAUCGGGGACUACAGUGUGUCUUGGUACCAGCAGCGGGCAGGCAGUGCCCCCCGCUACCUCCUCUACUGUCACUCAGAGGAGGAACAACACCGGCCUGAUGACAUUCCUGAUCGGUUCUCUGCCACUAAGGACAUGGCCCACAAUGCCUGCAUUCUGACCAUCAACCCUGUGCAGCCUGAGGACGAUGCAGACUACUACUGCUGUGUUGGCUACAGCUCUGGUCCCUAG